AUGCAUAUGGACUACAGCUCCAUGUCAGUGGACCAGAUCACUACAGUUAUGUGUCAACAUAUUGCCUCUCUUCAGGACAGGCAGAUCAAAACACCACAACAACGAAUGCUCGUUGCGCUGGCGGGGGUUCCGGCGCCAGGGAAAUCUACAAUCUUCUCUGCUCUGAUGCAGAAAAUUUCUGGACAUGACGUAAAGUACAUCACUGUUGUACCUAUGGCUACCUUGGCGACAUCUCCUUAUCCUGGUCUGGCCCCUCGUCGAAGAGUCACGUUCGAUGCGGCUGCCUUCGUGCAACUUGUGGUGAGACUCAAGAAGGAGACCGUCACCCUCGCCCACGACCAUGAAAGUUGGAUAGGCGCACCUAGCUUGAACCACGAGAUGCAGGACCCGGUUGCAGAUGAUAUUAAGAUCUCUUUCAAGAGGUAA